GGCGGCGGCUGGAGCUCGAGCCGCAGCGGCUGAGGGCGGUGCGCGCGGGGAGGAGGGGGGGUCGGUCGGCGACGACUCCCCGGACGGCGUUUCUCCGCCGAGGCGCGCCGGGUUCGGCUUCGGGGCGGCGGUCCAGCCUGUCCAUGACCAUGGGCGACAAGAAGAGCCCGACCAGGCCGAAAAGACAAGCGAAACCCGCGGCGGACGAAGGCUUUUGGGAUUGUAGCGUCUGCACCUUCAGGAACAGCGCGGAAGCCUUCAAGUGCAGCAUCUGUGACGUGAGGAAAGGCACCUCCACCAGAAAACCUCGAAUCAAUUCUCAGCUGGUGGCGCAGCAGGUGGCACAGCAGUAUGCCACCCCACCACCCCCAAAGAAGGAGAAGAAGGAGAAAGUUGAAAAGCAAGACAAAGAGAAACCCGAGAAAGAUAAAGAGAUUAGUCCCAGUGUUACCAAGAAAAAUACUAACAAGAAAACAAAACCAAAGUCCGAUGUCCUGAAAGACCCCCCGAGUGAAGCAAACAGCAUACAGUCUGCAAAUGCUACAACCAAGACCAGCGAGUCAAACCACACCUCCAGGCCCCGGCUGAAAAACGUGGACAGGAGCACCGCGCAGCAGCUGGCAGUGACUGUGGGUAACGUGACCGUCAUCAUCACAGACUUUAAGGAAAAGACUCGCUCCUCCUCCACGUCCUCCUCCACAGUGACCUCCAGCGCAGGCUCCGAACAGCAGCACCAGAGCAGCUCGGGCUCGGAGAGCACAGACAAGGGCUCCUCCCGCUCCUCCACGCCCAAGGGCGACCUGUCCGCAGUGAACGACGAGUCUUUCUGAAAUUGCACAUGGAGUCGUGGAAACUAUGAAUCAGGGUCUGAAAUUCACACCUCCACCUGCCCGUGCUGCGUGCGCCUGGAGAACCUUCUGUGGACAUCGGCCUAUCGCGAUGCUGCCAGGAUCGUGUCUGCUUGCCAUGGGCGUUUGGCCACCAAGGAAUUUCGCACCCUGACGAUUACUCUUGACACUUUUAUGUAUUCCAUUGUUUUAUAUGAUUUUCCUAACAAUCAUUUAUAAUUGGAUGUGCUCCUGAAUCUACUUUUUAUA